AAGCACUUCAUUAACGUCGAUAGUGUUUGGAAAGCAGGAAAGAGAAGAUGGAAAAUACAUUCAGAGCUAGGGAAAACCCAACAGAAUAUGGGAACUAGGAAGUAGAUGAUUUGUUCUAAACAUAUACAUCAGCAGACAAUGUGAAGCAAAUGGCAUUUAUUUCAGAGACUUACAAGCUUGAAAAAGAUGAAAGCCCGAUCAUAAAAACAAAAAAUCAAAUCCACCUGACUCGGGAUUCCGAAACUGAAGAUGGGCUACCGGUAUUACUUGUUGAAGAACCGUCACCCCAUCUUAAAUGUACAGUUUGUAAACAUUUGUACCUUGACCCUGUUAUUAGUGUUAAAUGUGGCCACACGUUCUGCAGAAAGUGCGCUUUCAGAAUCACCCGCUGUCCAAUAGAUAGUCAACCGUGUGACACAACACAACUCGUCGUCAACAGAAUUGUGGUCGGACAGAUUGAAGAUUUGCUUAUCCACUGUCGGUAUGGUGUGACUAAGACUGACGGAGGCUUUACCUCGGACCCCAGUGGCUGUCAGGAACACAUUGUAAUUGGUAAGAGAGAGGAACAUGAAGCUAACUGUGUGUAUGCCCCUGUGCCGUGUCCAAACAAUGCUGGUCGAUGUGGCAGGUUUAGGAAGUCUGAACUUGACCAACACCUUGAGGUGUGUCACUUCACACCAUGUGGACACUGUGAAAAAGGAUGUGAGUUUGUGGGCACUGCUGAGGAAGUUCAUAGUCAUGAGGACACUACCUGUGGAUACAGGGGUCUCCAGAAGAGUGUUAGCUUUAAAGAUUUCCAUCAGCAGAACCGUAUCUUGGAGGAGAAUAACAAGGAACUGAGGGAGGAAGUUGGUUUGUUGACACAGCGAGUUGAGUUAUUGGAGGGAGGGAGAGAGAAUAUGCAGAAACAGCUCACAGCAUGCACAAGUAAUCUACUGGCCCUACAGCAGAAGUAUGAACAGCUACAGGGAUUGGUGGAACAGAUGCUGAGUGGGGGAAGAAAUCGACGGUCAACAGGGUCUCCGGGUAAUUCCCAGGAGGCUGCAGCCAGACACCGUUACAAUAGUACAAGUACUGCAGUGAUGGUUAGGUCCCCUCCAGGCUCCCCACUCAAGGUGGAAGAUUGGCAGAUGCCUUUCCAGUUCAAGUGCAUUGGGACAUUGAGGGGACACAAAGAUGUUGUCUGGUGUCUUGCCACACAGCGACAGAAGCUGUGCAGCUCUGGAGCUGAUGGUCUAGUGAAGGUUUGGGACAUGGAAACCCUUUCCAAGGGCUGUAUCAAAACACUUGAGGGCCACAGUAAAGUGGUCCAUACAAUGGUUGCUAGUGGAGAUAUUUUGUACACUGGUGGUAGUGACAUGUCCAUCAGGGCCUGGAAUAUGGAGUCACUCUGUGAGCAUUCCAAUGUUGAGAACGCUCAUGACAAUAUAAUCACAGCCAUGGUGCUAGUUUGCGACUACCUCUUCUCUUCAUCACAUUCCGUCAUCAAGGUCUGGGAAGCAAAGACACUGACACACAAACACACUGUAUCAGGACUACACCACUGGGUGAGGGCUCUGUGUCUGAAUAGGGCAAAGGACCGUCUGUACAGUGGGUCACACAACACAAUAGAUAUAUGGGACACAACUGGGACAUUUGACCUGAAGGGGAAGAUUGACCACGACUUUGGGUCAGUGUACUCUCUGGCCAUCACACAUCAGUACGUCAUUGCAGGUACCUACAACCGACUCAUACAACUGUUUAACAUCGAGUCACAUGACCAUAUUGGGUCAUUUAAAGGCCACAUCGGGACAGUAUCCAGCAUUAUAGCAGCACCCUCAGGGAGAUUUCUGUUUUCUUGUUCCACAGACAAGUCUGUAAUGGGACUUACAACCAGAACAUUCAGGUGUUUCGACAUAGAAACCAACCAGCAUACCAGAUCUUUCCAGGGUCACAUCGGCACUAUAAAUAGUCUGAUAUCCUCCCGUUCAGGCUGUUUUCUCUUCUCGUCCUCGAUUGAUAAAGCCAUACAGAUAUGGAGCCUUGAACUGAUGCUGCCUAUCCAGAAUCUCAAGCGACACGAAGGCAGCGUCAACACCCUCGCUCUGCUAGGAGACUAUCUCAUAUCAGGCUCAGAGGACCAUGAGAUCAAGGUUUUCAAAUAUUUCCAGAUGCAAAUGGGCUUUGCACUACAGACUUAGGAAAGUGAAUGUCAUUUGGUGCAAGGUCAUAACAGGCUCGAUUGUGAUGAAGGUCAAAGAUUCUACAGAAGUCAAGGUCAUUAUACAAGUACAAUGUAGUUGGAUGUGACUUUAUAGAUGUUGCUGAACAAUACAUUUUAUCUGAGAAAAGUGCUCUUAGAUUUUUUUGAUUAUAUAAUAUUUAUAAAAAAAAAACCCAAAGAAAACUGUAUUUCAAAGGUUUUGGUAUACAUGUAGUUGUCUGACCAAAACUGGGAGAGAUGCAUUAUAAAGAUGAGGACCAAACAACUUGGUUCAGAGAAGGUAUAGUCGGACCACCAUGACCUGCUGACAUUACCAUACUGAUGACAGGUGGAUUGGAAUUUAUUUCUUUUAGAUGCAUUUACAUUUAUUUUUCAAUUAUGGAAGAAAUUAUUGUAGGCAAGUUAUAGAUAUAAAUAUAGAUAUAAAGAUAUAUAUAGUUAUGAUGCCCCAGGACUCUGGCACUGUAUUGGAUAUACCUGAUAACUGAACAAUGCGUGAUGAGGUCACCUGCUGUAUUGUUUGUAAAGGUCAAAAUGAUAGGUCAUGUGGUCAGAUUAUAUUGAAUUGGUCAAGAUUUAAAAUUAAUAUAAAAUUUAACUCCAAAGGUAACUUUCUUUGUACUUGUGUGCCUUGCUGAUAUCAAUUUUAGUGUAGUAAAACUACAAUCAGGUAGGAAUCUAUAAUCUAGUAGAGGAGAAGACAUGAGUGGCUUCUCUUCUUUUGUUAAUUUCCUAAGUGUUUUGUAGAUACCACUGGGAAAUAUUUUGAUGACAUGAUUGUUAUAUUUAAAAUAGGACUGUUAUUACAUGUGUGUAGCAAAUAAUUACUAUAAUAUUACUCAUUUUAACUAUUGUGUGAAAAUUAUGUGAACUAUUGUUAUAGUUAUUGUUUUCAUUAGAAAUCUGAUGUGAUAUAUACAAUAUAUAUUUAAGGUUAACAAUAGUGUUUUUUUACCAACAGAUACAAAGAUGCCCUCAUACUAGAGGGUUCUCACUCACCAUACUUCAUUCAUUAUUUUAUUAUUUUUUUUAAUUUUUAUAAAUCAUUCUUUGUUUUUUUGGGCUUUUUUCAUUCCAGAUAUUAAUUUUCAUUUACAACAAUAGUGUUAAAUAGUUUUUUUGUUUAUGUUUUUUAAAACCACUUUGGUGAUGUUGUGUUAUGUGCCUUUCAACAUAAAAUAAAUUGAAUUUUAUUUUCGUUUACUAAUUAAAAUAUGCCUAAUAAAAACUUGUGUAACUGUGCCUUAAUACAGGCACCAGUUCAAAUGAUUUACGUUUCACUGUUGAAUAAGUAGCUACAUACCUGUUGCUACAUGUAAUUUUAUUGAUCAAAAUGAUUUACAUUGUAUAUUUUUCAUCUUUUCAUAUGAAUAUUUUAAUUGACAAUUUAGGAAAUCUCACAAAUUUUUCUUCAGCUUGUUCACAAAUUAUCUGAAAGUGUAUGUCCCAUUCUGUCUGUGAUAUAGGUACAAUGAACGUAUUUACCUACUUACAUGUAAUUAACCUUCAUUUUGACAGAUCCAUUACAUAUAAUAUAUAAAUUGUAUUGAUCUACCUUUGACCUGCAUAUUUCCAUUAAUUAGUGCAAUAUUGUUUCAUUAUUUUCUUAUUAUUUACAUGUAUUGUAGAGGUAACAAUAACAUUGUAUCUCAGUAUAGAACAGAUCACACCACUAGUUGUACACGAAAUAAUUUACCACAUCACAGUAGGUUUGUACCUAGCACACACCUUGUAAAACGCUGAACACUUUACAACAGCUUCAUAGGUUUGGACCAAACUAAACUGCUGUUUACCCCCAGGUAAUUAAAUUUGACUCUAAGAUAUGUAGCACUCAGUUUGUAUUGAAAGGUGCUGAUAUCAUUUGUACAAUCAUAUUGUUGUAUAUUGAGUAUUAUGGUUUAUAUGCUGUUCAAGUGGUAUGAUGCUACAAAGCAGCACACCUUCUGACAGGUUUAACAAGUGCUAGCACUAACAGAUGUAAGCACCAACAGGUUUGACAGGCGUUAACACUAAAAGGAUUUACAGGUAUUAGCACACACAGGAUUAGAAUUACAGGUAUUAGCACAAACAGGAUUGGAAUUACAGGUGUUAGCACAAACAGGAUUGGAAUUACAGGUGUUAGCACAAACAGGAUUGGAAUUACAGGUGUUAGCACAAACAGAAUUUACAGGUGUUAGCACAAACAGAAUUUACAGGUGUUAGCACAAACAGGUUUUACAAGUGUUAGCACUAACAGGCUAUUCAGGUGAUAUCACUAACAGGUUUUACAUGUGUUAGCACUAACAGGUUUUAAAAUGUUAGCACUUGACUAGCAGGUUGUAUUAUAAAUGUGUCUUCCAUCAACUAAAUAGUUUGAAGGUGGUAUGAUGGUGCUAUACAUGUUUUGUUAUAUUUAGAUUUAAGAAAGUGCAACAAAAUCUUAAUGAACAAAUUAUGAAGGUCAAAUUCAAAUAUAACAAUAAUACUAACAAAACUGUAAAUAAAAGAAUAAAUUAAAACAAAAUAAAGAACAGGAUCCUAACAGUGACAAAAUUGCUGCUGCAUCCUAGGAAACUAAAAAAAAAUGUUUGUGAAACAUGCACCUUCCUGGUGUUUUGAAAAUGGAGCUUAAAAUCAUCUGACCAAAAACGUCUUACCUCAGUUUAAAUAGACAUGAUUAUUAACAAAUAAUAAUUAAAUAUUCUGAUUCACCUGGCCGAAUUUGUCAUGUUAUAAUGAAAUAUAAAAUAAUAUUGUGAUCAAGAAACUUGUUUUAAUUAGCGAUAUGGUUAUAUUUGAAUUAUUCUGCUUUUUAUAUCAAUGUUAUUUGUGUAGCAAGAAUUUAAGUAUCUAUGGACACUAGAAAACGAAACUGUGACAUUUCAUGAAAAAUCUGGUAGAACUUGGUGUAAUUAAGUGUAUUUUUUGUUUGUUGUGUUAUAAACUUAUAAUCAUGUGCAGCCAAGUUUGACUGCAAAUAAUCAUAUAUGUGUGUCCUGAUGUAGCUGAAAAUUGAAAGAUCAUGGACGAUACAUAUUCUGCAAAUAUACAAAUCAGAGGUAAUUAUCUCAUAUCACUUAACAUUAUGGCUUUAACCGUAUGCUGUGAAAAAUCGUUAUUUCUCUUCAUGUUAGUGACAACUAAGCAUACAUGUGUUUGAUUACUGGACAGGUAUUUCUGGACCAUUCAUAUUUCUCGUUGAUACAUUACCUUCAGUUUAAUUUUUCUUUGUGAAUUCCAUUUUGAUGAAAAGAUACUCGUUUAUUUACACGAAUGUACACAAAUGAGAACUUGUUCAAGUACUUGUGGAAAUCAUAAUGAUCUCUUAUGAUUAAGAACUAAAAGUUGUCAGUUAUGUUUAAGGGCGAACAUGUUUACUAGAAAAAAUAUUGCUCAAUAAAUUUUCUGUCACAAGAUAUAUUGGAAAUCUGACUGUCAAUAAUAUCCAUUAACAAUACUGAUUUGAAGUAUUAAAGCCACAUACUCCCAAACAACCUAAAAUCCUAGUUGCACACGUGUAUAAUGGCAAUCCAAGAUGCGCAUUCAUGCUCUCCUAACAUUAAAAUGACCACUGGCCUGGACACUUGACGGGGGGGGGGGGGGGGGGGGGGGGGGUGUCCUUGAGACAUCAGUGUAUAAAAAUAACUUGCCGCAUUUAUAUUUAUCGCGAGAUUUGUCACGGAGGCGAGAACGAGGCUAUAACAACGUGCACUGCAUAUAAAACUACACACAGGGCCGUUGUUUACAUAUCGAGCAUACGUGAACUUUGCCUGAUAUAAUGCUUUCAUUUAAACAUAUUAACAGAAUAUUCGCAUAAUAACUGAACAAAAUAAACAUAGUUAACAUUUAAAUACUCAAUUUCAAAAUGAAGCAAUAUGCAUACAACAAAACAUCGAUAAAAUUCUAGAUGGUGAAGUUGACAAUGUUCAAAAGCUAACCAGCAAUCCAAUAGACGUCCGGCAAAAUCGGAAUUCGAGUCUAUUCCCUUUUAUUUUCUCGCUAAGUUCCAACGAUUCAUUUCCUUUCCUAAUGAAAUAUUCGGGUUUUGCCGAUUCCACUCACGUUUGCGUCUACUUUUGGCAGAAUCUGUCUCCGUUUUCCUAGGUCCACGCUUUUGGCGUUCCGCCAUUUUGUUUGGCCUGUAAAACCCGCCGUUGCAUUGUGGGACUAAUUUUCAGAGAAACUUGGUCCGGCAGUUAUUAUUUUUGGGAAUUCUCCGUAUACUUGCAUAAAUUCACACUUUCUUUCAGUUUCUGAUUCACCAUAGUCUGUUAGGUAUAUAUGUAUCAAGUCCGAAAACUGUCAAAAGCUCAAAAUAUAAACAUUGAUAUAUGUUUCUUCGGGAGUAUGUGGCUUUAAAGCUUUUGCAAUAAAUAAUGAAACAUCACUUUCACUAAUUAUAUAUAAGGGAACGUUGCCCCUCUCUCUUUUAGAAAUACGUGAAUACAUGUAUAUAUAUAUAUUUGAUACAAGUUGCCAGGGUUGGGGAGCCCUUAAUGGUUCAAGUGUUUCAGUAUUGUCUCACUGGGUCCACCGUCGUAUAAUUGUCCUCAAGUCAUUGUUCAUCAGUUUUGUGUUGAAGUAUUCAAUCAUUGCUAUUUUCAGCACACUUACGUGGUUAAUUUUACGUUUAAAUCUCCCAAAGAGCCAUUUCCAGAGACAGGACGAGAGAGAACGUGAUGACGUUUUAUAGUCUUGUUCAUGAAUGCUAAUGUUUUAUUAUAUUUUAUAGUGGUUUAUCAUUCCCGACAAAUUAAAAAUGGUAUUAAAAUGUUCAUACUACAUGUAUGUAAAUGAGGAGUGUGUAUUUAUAUAUGGUUUAAGAGAAAUUGUGUCUGAAAACUAAUUUGAAAGAGUGAUACUGCUUUUAUUGAAAAUGUUUUAAUAAAGCUUAUAAUAGAAAUAG